AUGUCUAAUAACAACGAAGCCGAAAAUGAUCACUCUGUUAAAGAACUCGCUCGUCUUGACAGCUUUGUAAACGCUUCUCCAGGUAGUGAAUACACAAUCGAUCAAAAGGAGCAAGAGCUUUGUCGACAAAACGUGAAUGGUCAAAGUGAGUGUAUUAAAUUGAAUCUAGAAUAUACCCAAAUGUUUUCAGAAAUGCAAAAUCUUGGAUUCUUCUGUGCUCUGCCUAUGGAUCCAAAAAAGAUCCACAUGGAGUGCCGAAGAGUGUGA